AUGGCCUUGCGGGACUCAGGAGGCUCAUGCCUCAAAUGCCGAACAAGGAAGGUGCGCUGUGAUCGAGCUUUGCCGCAAUGCUCUCAGUGCAAGCAGAGGUCUCUGGACUGCUUCUUUCCUGAAGCCCAUCCACGCCUGCUUUGGCUCCCUGUCAGAACACAGGUGGAUUUCAGUUUGGAUCAGGAGCAAAUUGAGCUGGAUAUGCAUGUUAGGCGACAACCUUUGUUUAAAGCAAGCUCGAUAUGCUGCCGAUUUGCUUUCCCUAACAUCAGGUCAUCAAUCAGAGCUACUUUGGAACAGCUUGACUAUUCAGCGGAGGGAAUAGAUGAUGGAAUGAGCACCUCCAGCGGACCUUUCCACGCCUUCCGCUGUGAACGCACCACGGGCAAAUCGACCCUGUCCACAACCACAUCCCCGAAUUUCCCAGGGCUUGAGCUGUGGCGGCUGUUGUCAGAUAACUUGGGUGACGCACUGAACGAAGAGGACAUAAUUACCGCGCCUUGGUCGAAAGAACUUUGCUUCCCGGACGAGCUGCUCGAAAUCAAUCAACAACCAGAGGAAGCCUAUCCUCCUCUUCAGCUGUCUCAGCAAGAGCAGCCAUCAGUCAUAUCCCCACCUGACCUCGAAGAGUUUGCAAUGUCUACUGCGAAGCUCUUGCUCGAUCACUACCAGAAUAUUACGGCAACGCUCUAUACACCAGCCUCAGUCGAGUCCAAAACACCUUGGGAAGUCUGUUAUGUGCCGAAUGUUCUAAGCACUCUCGGCGAAAUUGCGCUUACCGGCACUAGCAGCGACGCCAAAGCAUCAUUAUUGUUCGCCGUCCUCGCUAAUAUAUGGUACGAUAUGUGCAAGAACAAACUCGAAACGCGUAUUGGCUCACAGACUGACACUGCUGAACCAGACUGUCAGCGGAGAGAUGAAAAAUGCAGCGCAUUACCUGCGCGAUAUUAA